AAUAAUUUAUUGACGUAUAAUAAACCCGAAUAAUCUUUUAGUUUACAGUAUGUCUCCGUAAACGGACAUAAUACGACAAGCUGCAUCGGUUACAGUCCACUUUCUCGUACCUGGAAUUCGGCAAUCACCGUCUGUUUCUGAACUCGUAGUCGGUCAAAUCGAUUGUAAAAGCUUGAAGAGCAUAUUCCGCACUGCAUAGUAUUCAAUUUUGUUCUUCGAAUCUGUGGCUCAAGCCACUCUCGUAUUACUUCUCUCAUAGCAUAUAUUCAUGCAGCUGUUCGUGCGGCAAUCGCUCGUUCAGUCUAACAUUUUAACUCUUGUACGCUUGCACGAUUAUUCCAAACGUUUCCAAAUAUGUCGAUCGAGUUCCAAAAAGCACUUGUUUACUUAUUCAUCAUCUCGUUUCACGUAUCCAGCAGCAAUAUUUUCGGCUCGGCAACGAGCGUCGAAAAAACUAUGAAUACGAUCGGUAGCGCACAACGAAAAAUCGUUCGGUUUCCGAUACAAUCGAAUGAUGAUUCGAGUGUACCGAAUAUCAAGAGAAUUAGGAAAGCGACGGAUCGCAUCUCCGAUAUCAAGUGCAAGGAAUACUCGGAGAUGACGCGCGAAGUCGUGUGGAUCAAGAAAAUCGAGCUGAUGCCUAUGCGCCUGAGGUGUAAGAAGCCGAUACAGCUGUUCGUCGUCGGGGGUAGUGUGGCAGAACCCAAGGAAUACCCUCACAUGGUCGCUCUGGGUCGGACUGUCGACACUUCCACGACGGAGUAUUUCUGCGGCGGAAGUCUCAUAUCCGAUCAAUGGAUCCUCACUGCGGCUCACUGUACCACCGACGCUCGGGGACUGCCUAAUGUGGCGCUCAUUGGCAGUGCAAAUCUCAACAAAAUUAACGAGCUCAACACAGGCAAGUUGAUGUCCAUAGAGAGCAUCAAACCACACCCCGAUUACAACUCGUCGCAGUUAUACGCCGAUAUCGCCCUGAUCAAGCUCUCGAAACCGGUGGAAUUCAGCAAGACGGUGAAACCAGCCUGUCUCUACCCGAUCCCGGACUUGGAGCCAAAAUACCUAUGGGCCAGCGGCUACGGAUCCACGUCAUCCUUUCGUCUCAGGGAAGGUAUGACGGGUCUCAACCUGACCAAGGCUCGGCUGCAGCUCACCGACAUGAAACAUUGCAAGCAAGUGUACCGAGGCGUCAAGCAACUGCCCCACGGCAUAGAUUCUGAAUCGCAGUUGUGCGCCGAUGAUAAAAAAGGCGGAUGGAAGAGGGACACGUGCGCCGGAGACUCGGGUGUACCAUUACAGUGGACGCAUCCUUCGGGAUGCCUUCAGGAAAUCGUCGCCGUUACGAGUUUUGGAAUUUCUUGCGCUGUGCCAAAAAUGCCAGCUGUUUACACAAAGGUUUCGCAUUAUAUCGACUGGAUCGAGUCCGUCGUUUGGCCGAAUGAGAAUUAGUCUUAUACUGGUAUGAUAGAUAUAUCGAGUUUCCAAUAUUAGAUAUUUACGAAUGCAAUAUGUGGUUGAAUUAUAUGCAUGUACUUAUAAUUGUGCAUAAAUAUUUUUACCAAU